CACACCAGCAAGAGGUGAUUUGCAUGACUGAAGAAAUACUACAAAAACAAAGAGGGAGGAGGCCUUAUUUGAUGUUAGUCUCUUCUGUAGGUGGUUCAAGAUGACGGUGUGUGGUAUGUUUAUGUUUGUGGUCAUGCUGGGAGUGUAUGCGGAAUACACACACACUGAUGUCUGUUCUACACUCACGGUUUCCCAUGACUCCCUGCUGGUGGAGUACGGAGAACCUGUUAAAGUGAACUGCUCCAUAUCAUCCAAACCUUCAUCACAUUUCUUUCUGGGCUGGGAGUCUCAGUUUAAUGCUUCCCAAACAGACAGUGAGACCAGUUUGGUGUGGAGGGCGCCCAGUCUGACAGAGUGGGAGGUGAACAGAAGAGAGAUGUUCUGUUACCUGUCAGUGCCGAAUACAGAACAAUGUAAACGGAAGGUCCGUCUGAACCUUUACAAGCGUCCAGACAGUGUGAAGAUCAGCUCUGAGUCCAUUGUGUGGUCAGAAGGUCAGAUGAUGAAGCUGAAGUGUGAGAUUGAGAAUGUGGGUCCAUUACAGAACCUUAAUGUGCAGUGGACCAGAGUGGACCAGAACAACAACACAACAGUGACUGAAAUGCCGUAUGGAAGUUUCAGAGCUUUUGGAGAGGAGUGUGGCAAUGUGACAUCCACACUGACUGUCUCGGCCAGCCAUGAUGAAGAUGAAGUCCAGUAUCAGUGUGCAGGUCUACUGAAGCUGGAGCAGCUCCAACAACUACAAGUGGGAUCAUCAGAACCUCUGAAGCUCACAGUGCACUACAAACCCACCAUCACACAACUUUCCAGUGGUACUAUAUCGCUAACUCAGGGUGAUGAGCUGGUUCUGAACUGUUCAGCUCAUGGUAACCCCAGUCCUCAGUAUUUCUGGAACUUACCUGGAAACAAGAACCUCACAACCUCCUUCAUCUUCAUCAACAGUGUCAAGUCAGAUGAUCAGGGUCAGUACAUCUGCACUGCCUACAACGAUGAAGGCUCUGAUUCAGUGACUGUGGUGGUUAACGUUGCAGUGGACUACAAGCUGAUCAUCAUCGCUGUCUGUGCUGCGGUUGCCAUGGUCUUGCUGGCCAAAUUAUUCUGCAUUUGCUGCCGACAAGCCCACACGGGCAACUACAUUCUGAAGAACCUGACAUCUCAUAGACACGAUGCCAUUAUAGCCUUAAGUCACAUGGACCAGCUGUAGCUAAUGCUAUACAUUCAUGCUGUGUUUAUGAGCUUCCUCUGAAACUGUAGAGCUUCCUACUGUUGAAACUUUGUCUUCCUGUUGAAACUUUGUCUUUUCCGAAAUUCUCUAAAGCUGCUUUGUGAGAACAUCCAUUGUAAAAAGCGCUAUACAAAUAAAUUUGAUUUGAUUUGAUUUGAUUUGAUCCUACUAUGAAAAAUGAGCACUGUAAAAAAGGGCACUUCAGCUGCUGUGGGUGUACAAAAGGCUCUCAAAAACCUUUUUUGUCAUAUUUAAGGAGGUGUUUGCUUACAUGCAACAUUUAUUUUAACCAAAUUUUUGGCUUAAACCUGCAGUUUUUGGACAAAUUGCAAGUUUAAGAAAGUCCCAUUCUGCAUUGAGCAAAACAGUCACACAUUUUAAUUUGUCUGAAAUGUUAAAAUGUGACAGAACUUCUGUCUGGGGUGCCGCUGUGCGCAGGGAUGGGGCAGCAGCUUUAAGUAGCUGAUAGCUAUAGCCGCAUAGCGCCUGCAAUUUUCUUUGUAGCUAUUACGAUAAUUUUCAGUACAGUUUCGCUACAGGCGCAAAAUCUGAACCACAGAACGUGCCCGUUCACUGGGCUGGUGGCGACUGCAGUAAUGACUGAGCCGUGGGCAGUUUGAGCAAGCGGGCACCCCUAACUAGCAGGCUUAGCUCAGGGGAUGUAACUGAGAUGUUAAGAAGAGCCGUUUUGUCCUUUCAACAAAAGUCAAACCACCUUGGGAGGCACAACGUUUUAGGUCCGUUUUAUCAUCAUGGCUGUAAGUGUGUCUCAGUAUGUGCUGAUGUUCUAGUACAGGCUAACAAAAUAAACAAAAACGCAGACUUUGCUCUGCUUUUACCUUCAGCUCAGCUACAGCCUCUUUUCUUGCACCUCAGUCAGGAAACUUCUCCACAAAAGUAGAGUUCCUUGUAAAAUGUCUCUCAAUGUUCAACUUUUUAAGAGCUUCUCAU